AUGCCUGCCUGUGGCUGUCCCGAUGUCAAGUUGGCCAACGGCCUGAUCCGCUCGUGCACCUGCCAGCCGUGCUCUUCCGGGAGCCUCUCGGAUUGCAGCUGCAACAAAGAGACCGGCUGCGGCUGCAGCUCAUCCGUCUUGCCUAUGGACUCUCCCGACCGAUGCUCGUGCGCCGCUGCGGGCAAGACUUGUAGCUGCUCAAGCUGUCCCUGCAAGAGCUCUGCUCCGCUCCCCGGAACCUGCUGCUCUUAG